CCAAAUCUUGGCGAUCAAGUGCCUCCUGUCGCAGACUACCACUCUUAAGCUCUUUGAAGGAACAGGGUCAUCGUGCUUCACCGCAUCCACAGCAAGCCAACGACAGCCGCAGCACUGAGGAAAAGGAGGAAAUACCCCUGAGCAAUAUGGCGAAGCGUUCAUCAGCACCAAAGAGGUUCAAGAUCAACAAGCCUCCUCGUAACGAGCGCCAGAAGGCAGGGAGUACAUCAGACGUGCAACCCGCUGAAGACAUCAUCAAGCAGCCUCUGCAGGACUUGGCGGUCACCGCCAAGUUGGAAUUACGCGUUCCCAUCAAGAAGCAGCCGACAGGCACGGCGCCAUGCGCGUCAAAAUCAGCGAGUCCUGACAUCACAGACAGCCAGAUGGUGGUUGUCAGCGACUCUGAGACAGGAGCAGAGCCCACAGAGGGAUUCAGCCCUGGAACACCAACCCGGGAGGAUGCAGCAGCAAUGGCACUAUCAGGCUGCACGACGCCGAGGUCAGAAAGCAGCGACACUGGCGAUGAGGGCCAGGCAGCCUGCAGAGCAGAUCAAAUGUGCCAGAACAUCAGCACUACCAGCAUUUCAGCAGCCGACCUGCCCUUGUUCUCACCCCGGCAGCUCCAAGCUGUUUCCAGCGAAGACGGCGAGGCCACAGAUGGGCACCAGGAUGACCAAAGCCCGCCAUGCCCAGAAGAGGCAGUUAUUAUCAGCAGCUGGACCCCCGUGCCCCCCGCGUCACCAACAAGCAACACUGAAAAGGUGUGCGCGACGGCAGGAUCUCUGCAGAUCGUGAAAGAGAAGACUGAGUGCCUGCCAGGCCCGCAAGAACCUGGGAGAUUCGACGAAUCUGCUCCUUCUCCACCCACACCACCAGCAACCAGCAGUGAGGUUUUGGACGAGACAAGAGCGGCUGUGGAGAGCGCAGUGGAGCAUCCCAGAGGCCUGGUGGGCAUGGCUGUGUGGGCGUGCAGCGCCAUGCAUUUGCUGGCGAUGCCUGCUGUGGACUUGGCUGUGGCGGCUGCCAUAGAGAUCUUGGCUGCAUCGUCAGCCCUGGCAGUUGUGCUCUGCUGA